CGAGAUGGUGUGCAGGGAGAAAUAAUUGGCGGAGUGAGAGUGGCGGGAGCCAAUGGCGAUCGUCAGGUGGCGUUUGUUUAUAAACAGAGUGGUGGGGACUGGCCUGGGACUGGGACUGGCAGCUGACUGAGGGAGCGAGGGAGUCUGAGUGGAGGGCGAGGCGGCGCUGCAAUGGAGGAGGAGCAUCUCACCAAAUUUGAUCUCGGGGACCUGGAGCAGCAUCUUGUGGAAACCGAUGACUUCACGAUAUUCAACCAGGAUGACCUGCCCAUGGGCGGCUUCCAGGUCAUGGAGGACAUCAGGAGGAAGGGCAAGCUGUGUGACGUGACCCUCAAGGUUGAAGACCAAUGUUUUACAGCACACAGAAUUGUGUUGGCAGCUGUCAUCCCAUACUUCAAUGCAAUGUUUACUCAUGACAUGGCAGAGAGUAAACAAAUGGAAAUCACCAUGCAAGGAAUAGAACCCAGUGCACUGGAGUCACUGAUCAACUUUGCAUACUCUGGGAAGGUGAAGAUUGACAGCAGUAAUGUGCAGAGCCUCUUAGUCGGUGCAUCCUUCCUACAGCUGGCAAAAGUUCGGGAGGCCUGUGCUGACUUCCUUAAACACAGGCUAUACCCAAACAAUGUGCUGGGUAUUCGUGCUUUUGCUGACACCCUGGCUUGCUGGUCACUGGUUGAGGCCUGUAACCGCUACCUUCAGAAACAUUUUGUGGAUGUCUCCAUGUCAGAGGAGUUCUUGAGUCUUCCACUGCCAGAGGUGCGGGACAUCAUCUCCCGUGAUGAACUCAACGUGCAGAGUGAGGAGAAUGUGUUUGAAGCAAUCAUGUCAUGGACCAAACGUGACCUGGACCAGCGAUCAGACAGCCUCCCAGAGUUGCUCACCAAGGUGCGCAUGCCCUUGCUCACCCCACAAUACCUCACUGAUAGAGUUGGCACUGAGAACCUGAUCAGAUCAUCCCAUGAAUGCAGAGACCUGCUGGACGAGGCAAAGGACUACCACCUGAUGCCAGAACGACGGCCACUCUUACAGAGCUUCCGGACGAGGCCACGCUGUUGCAAUGAUAUUGUGGGCCUUAUCUAUGCUGUGGGUGGCCUCACUAAGUCAGGUGAUUCUCUAAGUACAGUGGAAGUAUAUGACCCCAUAGUGGGCAGGUGGCAGAUGGCUGAGAGCAUGUCCAUGCUGCGCUCUCGCGUUGGGGUUGUAGUGAUGAAGAAAAAGCUAUAUGCCAUUGGUGGAUAUGAUGGCAUAGACAGACUAGCCACAGUGGAAGUCUUUGAUCCAGCCAGCAAAUGUUGGAGCAAAGUCUGUCCCAUGAAUUGUAAAAGAAGUGCGGUGGGAGCUGCGGUGUUGAAUGACCAGCUGUACGUGUGUGGUGGCUACGAUGGGGUGGCCUCCCUCAAUACAGUGGAAUGUUACCAUAGUGACACCAACAAGUGGAUGAUGGUGGCCUCCAUGACCAAGCACCGCAGUGCUGCUGGUGUUGUUGCUUUCGAUGGACACGUUUAUGCCAUUGGCGGGCAUGAUGGACUCUCUAUAUUUGACUCGGUGGAGCGUUAUGAUCCCACCACAGGGCAGUGGACCCCUGUUACUCCAAUGCUAAGCAAACGGUGUCGUUUGGGAGCAGCCACACUCAAUGGAAAGCUGUAUGUAUGUGGUGGCUAUGAUGGCUCCACCUUCCUCAGGACAGUGGAAGUAUAUGAUCCCAUCACUAGCAAGUGGUCCUUCAUUGCGGCAAUGAAUGUCACACGGAGUCGAGUGGCUCUGGUGGCCAACAUGGGACGCCUCUAUGCCAUUGGUGGGUAUGAUGGAGUCUCCAACCUGUCAACAGUAGAGGUGUACAAUCCAGAGCUGGACCAGUGGGAGUUCAUCACCUCCAUGUGUGCCCAUGAAGGUGGUGUUGGGGUGGGGGUCAUCCCUCUCCCCUGAACAAUGAUCUGACCCAAGAUGAGACUACUAGGUCACAACACUUCAAGGGCAGCUUUACUUAUUCCAAUAUUUACCUUUGGUGUCAUAAUAACUUCUCAAAACUUGUAUAUAUGUAUACUUAAUCUUCAAGUUCAUAAUAGGUAGUUGACGCCAGUGUACUGUUGUGCAUUCUGAAUCGUUGGUGCCACAGAGUGACAGGAGAUUAAAGCUCUAAAGCUUUCACGUGCUUUCAGCCAUUAUCAUUGCUGGCUUCAACUGAGAUAAUAAGGACAUAGGACUACAGGUAGAUUUUUCUUUCAAAAACUUUCUGCAUACAAUGUAAAUGUCGUGAGGUAUUUUAUGAGGAGGUAAGCUCUCAAAAUACUUUUUAUUUCUUAUUGUAAGGAAAUGGGAGCUCACAUUUUCUGUCCUUUGACUGACUAACAUGACCUAUUUUUUAAACUACAUUUUUAUUAUCUCUUUCCAUGUGCAUGUGCACUAUUUAGUUCCCACAUUUUACAUGAUAUUGAGUUAACAGAUUCACCAGCUACACACAAAAUUAGCAGACCAGAACUGUUCUUCUUUUAUGGAUAUCCCUAUAGUUCUCAUUAUAUGCAAAGUUCUGAUUACAUGGAUUCAUGUAAUGCCCUCAGAUGUAUUCAUACCAUGCAUUCUCACCAUGUGAGAGAAUUUCACAUUUAUACAGACUACUUGAUAAGGUUCCACAGCCUCAGGAUUGUAGGAUGAGUAGGUUUCUACGAUAUAGGUUGGUGUGCAACUUGUUACUGAAACGUUAAAAUUUACAUUGUAUUUUUGCCUUAUAGUUCUUACAGCUGUGGCUUUUAAGCAUCCUGGAUGUAGUUCAAGUGGUGAACUUGCUAUGAAGCAUGGGAGAACAGCUCUAAUAUUAGAAACUAAGUUAGUAAGGGAUGUAGUGCCACAGGCUGCUCCUACAAUCUUGUUGAUAAGAUCAUUCCUCUAUAAUCUGUCUUCUAAGGGCCACCAAAGGUUCAAUGUAAAGAUACAUUCAGUCUGUGCAAAUUUUUAUAUGUUAGGAUUUUGUGGAAUGUAACAUCUCACAUAUAAUGAGAACUAGGUGGACAGUACUAGUCGUAAGUAUUGGAUCCCUCAGCCAGGGGGAUCCGAUACUUAUGAAAAAAAAAGGCAUGAUCCUCUUGAGAGUGAACCAUUUUAGCCAGAAGUAUCAGACUUUGCAAUGAGGUCACUAUAUCCUUCAGCUUCACACUGUUGACUCAUAGCCUUCCCUCAGCGUGCCUUGGGAUGCAUUGGAGAGCAGUAACCUGCAGUGACUUUUUCACAUCCUGAUGUAUUAUUGUACAAUAGCAUCUUGCACUAAUAUAUUAUGUUUGCUGGUAUGGCUAAAACAAGAAUAUUUAUUGGAGGCUAGUGCACAGAUCAUGACCCUUAAGGAAGCCAGUUAUCAGUUUGAGGAAUACUGAACAGUUGGCAGUAUCCAGGACAUGUCAAGUAUUAUUUAUGGUUGCUAAGAGAGGAAAGUAAUCAUGAUACACCUGAACCUAAAUAAUGGUCUGGGCACUCUAGAGUGCUGUUAUUGUCUUAAACUUUGCAGUUAUCUCUAAAUCAGACUCCAUUAUAUAUAUAUAUAUAUAUAUAUAUAUAUAUAUAUAUAUAUAUAUAUAUAUAUAUAUAUAUAUAUAUAUAUAUAUAUUGAUUUCAUGGGUUUCAGUUGCAUAUUCUAUUUUGUAUAAGCUAUACAGCAAGUCAUUUUGCUGUCACCAUCAUGAUAUAGACUGUAAUUGUCACCAUCAUGACAUUGACUGUAAUUGUCACCAUCAUGACAUUGACUGUAAUUGAGCUAAAUUCCUCCCACACAUUUUUCAGUUAUUUAUUUACUUGUUUUUACUUUUAUUUAUUCUUAGUUUUAUUUGUUUAUUUAUUUAUUUUUUAUUUAUUUAUUUAUUUUUUUUUCCAAUACUUGGCAGAAUAAUUGAAAGAUAUGUCCCAGGCUACCAAAAUGACCCCAUCCAUUCUCAGGCACAUUUCUUCUUAUUGCAGGACACACACACACACACACACACACACACACACACACACACACACACACACACACACA